ACCGACAGCCCCUCUAGCGGGAGAAUCGCCUCGCUACGCGCUGCUCACUACUUUCGCUGUUUGGAAUGGUUUGGAUGCGCGGCAGUAUUUUGGCGUCUGGCUUCGUGUUGUUUGAAAAGUGUGCGGGUCCGGAGGCUACUUCCACGAGUUCUACUCCACCUAGCGCUUAUCGCGCCAUGCGCUUGCCAGGUCGGUUUGUAGCAAACUGAGAACGGAGCAUGACAAGCGUGAUGCAUUCGCACGCAGACAGCAACAAUGCGGCGGCCGACGCGCUCAACGACUUGCGGCUUUUUCUCGCGGGCACCUCCAGCUACGACAGCAAGGUUCGCGGUUCGGACGUGGCCAAGGCGGCGAUACGGCUGCUCAAGACACUGCCCGUGGCGCGCGAGGCCGUGCUCGAGUACAUGCACAACCUCUUCGACGACGCUGUCAACCGGCACAUCAUGCGGCUCGACUCCGAGGAGACUGGCGUGCCCGUCGAGCUCGAAGAGCGCGACGUGGCCGUUGAAGAGGUGCAGCGAGUUCUGUCCGGCUUCAUCGAGAGCAACCUGGGUGCCUGGGCGCCCAUCAUAUCGAGCUGGUCGCUGGAGCUGCUCGGCCACCUGACGCGAAAGUACGCCGACCGUCGCAUCGUCCACUACUCGUCCAGCCUGCCCGAGGUGCUGCAGAUGUGGAUGGCGUGCCCGCCGACGCGCACGCUGAUCGACCUGACGACCCAGUGCCUGUCGACGCUGAUCGACACCAACCCGGACAAGUGCAUCGACACGCUGCUCGAGACGUCGGUGCAGCACUCACCGCACUUCGACUGGGUGGUGGCGCACAUCGGCUCUUGCUUCCCGCACACGGUCAUCACGCGGGUGCUCGCCUGCGGCCUCAAGGACUUCAUCAGCCACGAGGACGAGGCGAUGGGCGCCGUCGAGCGGAACGUGCCCAAGCUCGCCUCGGUCGUCGGCAUCCUGGGCCACCUGGCCGGCCAGCACGCGGCCGACAUACGACGAGCGCUGGUGGCGCUCAUGCAGCAGAGCUUCGCGGCUAACCCGACGCGCGAGCAGCUCGCCACCAUCCCGUUCCUGCUUCAGCUGGCCUCCAUGUCCGAGCACCUGCUCAACGCUGUCGUCUCCGAGUUCACCAAAGUCUUGUCAGCGGACACACUCAACAAGCUGUCAACAUUGAUGAGCAAGUGGGAGUCGGCCAAGAUCCCCGGGACUCGAGACCUGCUGAGCCUGACCGUUAUCCUCAUUGUGCAGAGCGGCUCAGGUGAUCUGCGCUUCCUCGGCCAGAUUUUGGACAUUGCAUCUGGCGAAAGCGAAUUCUCCGCGGCACUACUGCCUGCGGUUCCCAACGCUGCUGGUAUGCUGCUGGACAGCGUACUGCUGGAGAUGCAGCAGCGGGUGUUUGCAGGAGCGGCCGAGAUCCCACUGUUGUCGGCGCUGGAAGCCCGGCUACCAGAGCUGUGUGGCUGGCUGCAGCGGACACGCUGCGGGCCCCGCACCAUGUGGCUCUGGAACGCGCUGUCCCUCAUCUGUGUCCACCGCAAGGAGAAGACAGCCCUCACAGUGCUCAGUCACCUGCUAGGCCGCAUCCGUGGCUCCACUGAGCUGCUCUUCUUUCAGGCGCUGAUCUACCAGGUCGAGGUGGUUCACGUAAACUGCCUGACCCACACCAUCUCUCAUCUAAUGGCUGAGUUGCGAUCAGGCCGAGUCCCUAACCCCACCCAGCUGGUCGAGAAUCUCAAGAAACUCAGCGGCAACUCUCACGUUGGUCUGCGUGUUAGCAGCACCGUCUGCAAGUUCGCUGAGGUCUUGGCUGAGCAGAUGCAGCUGUCCUCUGACCUGACGUACGUGGAUGCCGUUGCGGAGCUGCUCUCCACGUCUGUGCAGCCAGAGGCCAUGUCCCCCACAGCAGUGGUCAAGGUGGCUGCGUCAGCCGUCGCCUACUUCUUUGCCAUCGUCUGCAAUCCGACUCACUAUGGGCCGUCGCGCAAGUACACGGCUGCCUGCGUCUGCUUCCGUCUGCUGUCAACGCUGUGCACGCGCUCAGUCGCGCAACACUUGUCACUCCGCAAUUUGCUCUCUGGGGCACUUGACAACAAGGUUUCUUGGCGAUUCGGCUCUCGUCCACGGCGGAGCAGUGAGGUGUCCCUGCGGCGACCUCGCUUUGUGCACCUCCUUGACGAAAACCAGAAGUUCGCAACGUCCAUCAACUUCCCGCAGAGCCACUCGUCCAUAGUGCGUGUCGGUGUCAUUGGCUCUGGGCUGCGGAGCGUGCCUCCGCCGCCACCCAUCGCGGAUGAAGAGGUGGCGUUGAACAAGCAGCUCCUGCUGGAAGCGAUCACGGCAUGUUGUGCCCUGCCGUGGCGCAAUGACAGGCCAUCACCCACGCGGACUUCCCCUGUUAGUGGCAUGAAGAUUGUUGCACUGCUCCUAGUCGAGAUGAUAUCAUCAGACGUCAUGUUCAACGGGCUUCCUUGGCCAGAUGAAGAUUUCCUCAAGGUAACUAUCGAGCGUGACCUUCACAUUCAGGCCAUGUUUGUGGAUCACCCAAUUCUGUGGGACCUCCUGCGACUGGUGGCUUCAGUGCGGCCGUCACUGUGCUACUGCAGCGUCCUCCUCCGUGCCGUCAUGGCUGUCGCGAUGACCCACUGGCGCAACUGCCAGGAGAAAGCAGCCGCCUCCAGCCCCAAGCACCUCGAGACCACCCGCACGGUGCUACGCAUCAUGUCUUUGGGCCAGCUUCUCCCACCAGCCAUGAACAGUCUCGGCGAGGUGCUGCCGCUACUGAGCCCCUUUGAGGUCUUCUGCGUGUUGUCGGAUGUCUGGCAGUACAUGCGGAACAACGUCCCCAGCCCGGCCCUGUUCACGCAGAAGAACCCCGCGACUGGCGAGCUGUGGCGCGAGUUCAAGGCGCCCGCUGCGGACCUCAAGUACAUGGAGCGCCUGAGAGCCAUCAUGAUCAGCAAUAUCCAGACGUGCGGACUAAUCUUCCAGAAGUUCUUCAGUGUCGAUGCAUGAAACCGAGAGCCAUCAUGAUCGGCAACAUCCAGACUGAUCUUACUGAAGUUCUUCAGUGUCAACACAUGAAACCGGUGUGAAUGUGGACCUUGCCAAGUGUUGAAAGUGCUGCUCAUUAAGGAUCCUAGGUUCGGUAUGCCACCAUUGCUUGCUACAUGGUUCCAACAUGUCAUGUAACUGGCGUCAGCGUGGCUGUCUAGUACCAGUGCCACAUGGGCACUUUUGAUUGAGCCCGAUCCGGAUUGAAUUUCUUGAUCGCAAUAAAAAAUGAUCGCUUCUAGAAUACCCAAUCAAAUUGAGUUUGGGUGAGCUCCAGUGCAUCAGGUGUCAUUAGUGGGUCCAAACUACUUAUCAAAUUUGUCUAAUACGCUGUAAAAAUUGUAAUAUAGAACUUUUCUUUUUCAAGAAAAUGUUUAAUUUGUCAUUGUGAGUAAGGCUAUUUGCUGAUCAUCUGCAAACCUCAGAACUACAUGGUCAUCAGCCUACAAUGACGAUCUAGAGGCUUGAUCACCAGGCACAGAUUGUGAUUGUCUCGAUUCAUAUUGAGCAAGAUCGCGAUCAAAAGUGACCAUGCAGCUGCACUCGAUCCGAGUCGAGCUUAAUCCCAGUCGAACCCAAGCGCGAUUGAAAGUGACCAUGUGACACCAGUUGGCCGAUCUCGUGCCACUCAUAUGUCGCAGUUUCUUAUGAUGUUCAAAUUAGGAACUAAGGAAUUGGUUCCUAUUUGCUGUGUUCCUUAUAGCCGUUAUGCAUUUUCAAUAAAAUGUUCACUCUA